UGUGAAAGAAAUAAUUUCCUAAUAUCCACAGAACCGUCUCAUUUAUAAUCACUUUCGGUUUAUUUGUGCUUUUACGAGAUAGAACACGUGUAUUUAAAAAAAAAAAAAAAAAAAAAAAAAAAAAAAAAGAUAUGGCGCCACGCCGAGAUAGUCGUACUAAUCACAAUAAUAUAAAUAAAGCCUCCAAAAGAGGUAAAAAUAGUUGGUUCAAAAGUUUCGAAUGGCCUCAAUUUUGGUCCUUAUUAACAGAUCCAAGAAAAAUUGUAAUAACUACAAAGUUAUUUAUUUUAUUGGAAAUGCUUUUGAAUGUAUUCAUUAUCGAAAAAGUGCCUUAUACAGAAAUCGACUGGAAAGCUUAUAUGCAAGAAGUGGAGGGUUUUUUAAAUGGUACAUUGGAUUAUUCAAAGCUAAAAGGUGAUACAGGACCAUUGGUUUAUCCUGCUGGCUUUUUGUACAUUUUUUCUGCUCUAUAUUAUGUCACUAUGCAAGGAGCACAAAUUAAAAUAGCUCAGUAUAUCUUUGCUAUUCUCUACGUUGUUUUACUAGCCUUGGUCUUCCGCAUUUACUCAAAAACCAAAAAGGUUCCACCUUAUGUAUUGAUUUUGAUGUGCUGUACAUCGUAUCGAAUACAUUCUAUAUUUGUGUUAAGACUUUUUAAUGAUCCGAUAGCUAUGAUAUUAUUAUUUUCAAGUCUAAAUGCAUUUUUAGACGACCACUGGUAUUUGGGAAGUAUUCUUUAUAGUCUUGCUGUAUCUGUAAAAAUGAAUAUUUUAUUAUUUGCGCCAGCACUUCUUGCUGCAUAUUUAUGUAUCUUAGGAACAUCGAAGACUGUAAUACAUUUGUCCAUUUGCGCAUUGGUACAAGUGAUUUUAGGCUUACCUUUUUUAAUUGAAAAUCCAAUUUCAUAUAUUAAAGGAGCAUUCAAUUUGGGAAGAAUUUUUGAAUUUAAAUGGACAGUAAACUGGCGCCUUUUAUCCGAGGAAAUAUUUGUUAAUCCAUACUUUCAUGUUUCAUUGUUACUUUUACAUUUAUUAAUCUUAGCCAUUUCUGUACCAAAUUGGAUAAUCUAUUUGAGAUCCUAUGCAAAAUUAAAACAAGUGGAAAAAGAUCUAAAGCCUCAAUUGCAGAAGAAAAAAAAGGUGGAUAUGUCGACAAUGAGCCAAUUAUUUGUUUUUCCCCUAUUUGUGGCAAAUUUUAUAGGCAUCGCGUGCAGUAGAUCUUUACAUUAUCAAUUUUACAUAUGGUACUACCAUACAUUGCCAUAUCUUGCAUGGUGUACAAGUUAUGAAACUAAGGCGAAACUUUCAAUACUAGGAAUAAUAGAGCUUUGCUGGAAUACUUAUCCAAGUACAGUUUAUAGCAGUUUUGCUCUGCACGCUUGCCAUAUAAUUUUAUUAUAUGAUUUGAUUAAAAACAGAAAAAGCAAUACUAAAACAAAAUGAAAUUGUUAUAUAUACGUGGGACUGAAUUUGUUAUCUAGUCUUUACUCUAUCUGACAAAUAAAACUUUAUGCGUAUAAA